AUGAAAAACUUGAGUUCUAUAUUUCCAUGCACAAGCGAAGAUUUAAUGUCUCUAAUUCUUCGACUUCUUCUAAACCUUUCAUUUGAUGGACAGCUUUGUCGGCAAAUGGUAGAAGCUGGACUUGUCCCAAAAUUAAUGGCUUGUAUAAAUAAGCAGGAAAUUGACGAGAUUGUGAUGCAGAUUAUAUACGUCUUUUACAGGUUACUUUGCCAUCCAAAAAGCUCCGAUUACAUCAUCAACGACUCAGGUGAACUAAAUGUACUCAAUUCAGAUGUACCAACUUAUCUCAUGGAUUUAAUGCACGAUAAAAAUAUCAAUAUUCGAAAUUUGUGCAAUUAUACUCUCGAUAUCAUUUCUGUAUAUUAA